UGAGCUAUGACAACUAGCAUGUGUUUUUCAGAAUCCUAGAAAAUAAUAACUGUUGCAGAAGGCGGAGCCAGGAUGCUGGAUGGGUGUUCCCCGGCCAGUGAGGCGCUGUGGCUCCCAGACCUUUUGCAGGCUCUUCUUUGUUUUUGUUUCUUGGCACUCCUGCAGCCAAGUCUGGGAGGGUUUCCUGGACAGAGGUCCUCGUGGCUGCUGCCUUAAGACGUGCAGCCCAGGCCACAGCUGACAGUGCUCUCUGACCCAGGCCCACCACAGGCAGCAAGAGCAGCAGCAGCCGUAGUCCCAGCCGGUGCAGCAGCAUGGAGCUUUGGGGGCCCUACUUGCUCCUCUGCCUCUUCUCCCUUCUGACCCAGGUCACUGCUGAGACACCUACCCCCAAGGUCAAGAAGCCUGCAAAUGCCAAGAAAGAUGCCGCAAGCCCAAAGAUACUUGAGGAGCUCAAGACCCAGCUGGACACUCUGGCCCAGGAGGUGGCCCUGCUGAAGGAGCAGCAGGCCCUGCAGACGGUCUGCCUGAAAGGCACCAAGGUGCACAUGAAGUGCUUCCUGGCCUUCGUCCAGGCGAAGACUUUCCACGAGGCGAGCGAGGACUGUAUCUCACGCGGGGGCACCCUGGGCACCCCUAAGACAGGCUCGGAGAACGAUGCCCUGUACGAGUACCUACGGCAGAGCGUGGGCGCAGAGGCUGAGGUCUGGCUGGGCUUCAACGAUAUGGCGGAUGAGGGCGCCUGGGUGGACAUGACCGGCGGCCACAUCGCCUACAAGAACUGGGAGACAGAGAUCACUGCGCAGCCUGAUGGCGGCAAGGUGGAGAACUGCGCCGCCCUGGCUGGCGCGGCCAACGGCAAGUGGUUCGACAAGCGCUGCCGGGACAAGCUGCCCUACGUCUGCCAGUUCGCCAUCGUGUAGCGGGCGAGGCGGGGCGGGGCGGGGCGGGGCGGGGCGGGGCCGGGGCCGGGGCGGGGCGAGCAGGAGGAGGAUCCUGAGCCGCUGGAGGAGCAGUGCUGGGACUUUCCCUUCAGGCAUCCCUGCCACGCUGGGAGCCUUCUUUUGCAAAUAAAGUGGGUGCAGCUUAGCGGAGA